UCUCGUUCGUCGUAUCCUAGAUUCUGUAUCAAGCUCGGACGGAUCUUCUACUGUUAAAUUUAAAUUAACCUUUACGUUUUUUAAAGUCCCGGUUUUGUUGUAGAUCUACUACUAGAUCUAGAUCUAUAUUUUCUUACAGCGCCAGCGUGGCUGUAGAGAGUUGAUGGAGGUGUUGCAAAGAUCCGGCGUGCUGUACGGUGUCCAACCAUCAGCCAUGUUCCCCCCAGCCAGCAUGCAGAGAGUGUUCACCUCACCCUCCGACUUCUACUCGUGCUACCCCUUCGAGGCCAACACCCCGUCCCGCACCCCCACCCCAGAGAGGCCUGGGAGGUCACGGCCCACCAAGCAGGGUUCCCACCUGGACAUUUCUAGUCAUGCCACAACCUUGCAAUCUGUACUCAGAGGGGAAAUCCCCCCCGCGUAUUCUCAUCUCGCAAACUCAUCUGCAUCUUCCUCGUCAUCGUUAUCAGCGUCAUCGUCGUCAGAGUCUCCGUCAUCAGUACAUCACAGUGCACCCAUGGACUUUGACUCGCUGCCCCACCCCCUCCUCCACCCCGCCCCCAGCCCCUGCCCCAGUCACCAUAGUUCUCUCAGUUAUAGUCCUAGGCCACAAUCUCACGAAUCGCAUGCAUCUCAAGAUUCCGUAUCGGACAUGCAGACGGAACCCAUGGACCUUAGUUGUAAAAAGCCCAGCCGAAAACGCACGGCUGUGUCCGCGUUUAUGGAUGUAGCGUCAUCGAACAGUGACUCUUCCUGCUCCUCCACGGGAAUCCUGUCCUCAUCUCUUCCUGCCAAAUUCAGCACUUUGAGAGCAUCUUCCUCAGAACUCUUGUCUUCAUCAUCGUCGCCGUCCGUCACAUCGAUGCACAGUUUCCCACCGAGUCCAGGUGAAGGUCAACAUGGCGAGGAGUUCUCGCUCCUCCGCAACUUGCUCAGUGUUGGCAAACACCAUCUAUCUCCGGCCGGGAGCUCUUCAGGAAGUCUCAGCAGCUCGACACCAAACUUGAGCAGCUCGGACCGCACCUGCGACUCCCCGGCCUCAGACUCUUUCCCCCGCACGCCAGUCACCAGCAACACGCGCGUCACUCUUGCCAAGAAAAACUUGUUCCCCGUCAGCGCUCGCGUUUCAGACUGGCUCGUCAAGAUGGUUCGCUUCGCAAAGUCCAUCCCCGAAUUCUCGUCUCUGUGUCACAACGACAAGGUCACCCUGAUUCUCAACUCGUGGAGUCGCCUCCUGCUCCUGUACAUGGCGGAGAGUAACUUUCAGUUUGCCGUGACGCCCAUCCCUGUGCUCGACUCGACCACCGUCGAGUCAGGGCCCUCGCAGGUCGAACCCACCAUGAAAUCCGUGGAGGCCGUGCAGACCUUCAUCAAGAAGUGCCAGCAAAUGGCGGUCGACGGCAAAGAGUACGAGUUUCUCAGGAUGCUUGUCUUGUUCAAUGCAGGUUACGUGGGUCUGUCCUGCCCCCAGAGCAUUGACCAGCUCAACUCAGUGGUCCAGCAGCUGCUGCAGCAGCACGUGCGCGUCAUGCGUCCGGCCGACGUGAUGCACUACUCACGCCUGCUCAUGUGCCUGCCCUCGCUGUACGGGACCAACAGCAAGAUGCUGGAGACGCUGUUCUGUAAGCACAUCAGCAAGAACACCGACAUGGAAGUGCUGCUCAAAGAGCUGCUGCAGAACAUCUCCGACUGAGUCAGCGCUGAUGGCUGGUCUUUCUGAGUGGGCGUACGUGCGUGUGUGCGUGCGUGCGUCAUCGUCCGUCGUCUUCGCUGUCAUCAUCAUCAUCGUCAUGGUUGUUGUUGUUGGUGUAUUUGCUGCUGCUGUGAGGGGGAAGAAGUACAAAAAACUUCUCUUCUUCGUCGAGCGGUUUAGUACACUACACACAGCAUCGGAGUGGACUGGAAAAUAUCGUCCGUUGUCGUUGCUUGGCGUCCCAAAGGGAAGACAAACACUCAAACAAAAUAAAGAUCUCUUCAUGGAGCAGUUUAGUGCUCGCACACGACAUCGCAAAGGACUGGAGACGCCACGCGUCAUACGUCCGGCCGUCUGAUAGAGGACUCAUAGAAGAAGUACUGUUACAUCGUACGAUAUCGUGAGACGGAACAGUUAAAAGCUUCGGCUGGCGUGGGAAUUUUCUUCACAGAAAUCAAGUAGAACAACAACAACAACAACAAUAUUUAGGUCAGAAUGAACAAUUAUUGUAAAGGACCAGCUGUGCGAAGGUCCCCCUUUUGUGGCGCAGUUUAGUUGACUCCAUCCAGCAGCGCGGAGAUAUUUCUCCAACUGAAAGACUUGUGCUCAGUAGUUACUCAGACUGACUGAACAAUUUGAUUGCCGGCUUCGUGGUGGGCGUAUCCCUCCGCCUGUGGGAGAUACUGAUGUGUGCCGAUGAUUGGCUCGACUGUCAGUCGAUGAUGCCGGACUUUGGGAACAGUUCCAUUUCUUCAUCCGACGUCUGACUACUGCCCACUCGUAGCAGUCUACGUUGACAUGAGAAUAUAUAGAGAGUUAUGUUGUACAGGAACUCAGGGUUUGCAAAUGUACGUGUUUUUGAGAUGAUGCGAAGAACUGUUUGAUUUACACCUACCUGCUCAACAGGUCCCUUUUCUUUUUUUUUCUUUUUUUUCUUUCUUUAGGUUGAAAUUUGGAGCCAGAAAGGUAGAAGUAGAAGAAAUGGAAUGGAUAUCUUACGUAAUGAAAGUAGACAGAGAUAAGAAUUCUUGUUUUAAUUAGAAAACCUAGUGCUCGUCUUAUGGUGUGAAUUAUUGUCUUUUCCUGCAUAGCUUUUCAGUAGGCUCAUAGUAUAGAGGAAAUUGUUAACUACUAGCUGAUGGGAAGACGGUUGGUUGUCAGUUCCAACUCCUGCUUCCGAAGUCUAUUACGACCGCUGAGUUCUUCUUAUAAUAUUAUGCUGUGUUUGGUGCAGUUCACCGUUGUACUUUUUGAAACAGACUUGGCAUACGGGUUGCUUGUGUGUGCUGCGGUAAUUGUGUCACUGGUUGGUGUACAUUCUGCUGCACAAAACAAAACGGACCACAGAUGGCUUUCAAAGUGUUAAUAAAUAAUGACUCGGGGGUCGGUCGAGAGCUCUUCCUGGUCAUGUGACUUUGGGAAUCUCCGUCGACUGAAGGUCUCAUGUAUCAUCGUCUUGCUCCUGCAUUUUCUUGAAGCAAUAUCAUCCUCAGGCCAUUCUCCUUGAGAGAAACUCAUUAUUAAGUUUUGUUAUCUUUUCAGUUCAAAUGAAAAUCUGAGGGGCUUUUUAUCAUGUGUAAAGAAAUUUUCCUUCUUUUAAGUUGAAUUCUUAUAAUGCCUUUCAUCUUCAAAGUCAAACUAGUGGGGAGAAUGACAGUUUUUGCAUACACAUAAAAUUUCCAAAGUUUUGUUUGACACGUUUUUUGUUUUUUUUGGUUAUUUUAUUGCAACAGCAUUAACGAUAGAUAACUCCAUCAAGUGAAAGAAUGGGAAGAUGUAAAAGUUUACUGCGAAGUAGCUCUGUUGAGAGAAGAAAAGGUUACUGCAAAUAGAGGCAGUGGUCAGUAAACUGGACAACUGUUUGAACUGACCGUCAAAUUUUAAUGUAGAAGCAUUAUGCAAUGACCUUAUUAUUGAGAUGGUAUAAAACCUCUCCAGUAAUGCAGUCAGUCAGUCAGUCAGUCAGUCUCUGAUGACAUGCACGAUGAGUUUGUAGUUUUAAAGUAUUUGUGCAGUGGUCUAAUUUUCCACUUUUUUUUUUUUUUUAAAGCAAAAGAAUUUGGAUAUCUUUUUUAAUUUUUCUGUUUGUUAAUACUUUUUAACUGUUCUCUGAUCUCGUUGUUGGCUGCGUGCCGCGGACACAUUGUCAUAUAUUAUAUAUAUUUUUGAUGUAUCAAAGUAAGACACUUUGUGAAUGAUAAUUAUUGUAACUCUAAUUUAUUAUUCCUGUAAUGUAAUACUUGAAAGGAUAAACUGCCAUUUCUCUCUCUUCUCUUAUUUAUUACUUUUUCUAUUAUUAUUAUGAUAACAACAUCAACACUGUGCGAAAGCAACGCAACUUGCUAAAUUAACUCGUCAUGCAUGCAGUGGUGCCUACAUGAUCUUCUGAGAGCAGACAAGGAGUCUCUGCUGGUCAUGAGGAAGACAUAAUUUCAACAGUGACUUUUUUAAGAUACUUGAGAGUUUCAUUGUGUAUGCAUGCAUGUAUGCGUGUAUGUAUGUAUGUAUGUUUGUAUGAUGUGUGUUGGCGAAGGACGAAAGUUUUAUUGCGAAAGCGAAGUGGGAGGAGAGGUAGAGGUGUAGUCAGGCAGUAGGAGAAAGUUGGGGAAAGUUGUCGUGUUUUCUUUUCCGGCCGUAGAUCAGACGGUGACCGGAGGCCGGGGUCACACACACUGUACAAUCUUUUUUCUAUGGUUUUCUUUCUUUUUCUAGCUUCACUUGGCGAUGCAAUUUUUGCUUUUUGGUAGUUUUGUGAUAACUAAAGUUGUCUCACAUCUUUAUUCUUUUUUUUCCCUCUAGAUGUUGGGCUUUAGGAGUGAAUGGGUCAAAAACAUGAUGUCAUGCAUCAUGUAUUUUACUUUGGAGUUUAUCGAGUGCAUGUGUGUUUUUUGAUGUUUGUUUGUUUUUCGGUAACCUAUUUCUUAGCUCAGUGUACGAAUGCCUGAGGUCUCUGUAAAGAUGUUGUAAAUACUGUGUUGACUUUUAAUUUAUUGAGAUUGACAAAGGAAUAAAAACUCAAAAAGCAUUGAUCAUAGGCCAUUCCUCCUUCCCGCACACAUCUGCGCACACACACACAACACAACACAAAUACGUGACGGGAGGGAGGAACCUUCAUGAGUAUCGUUUAGUUCACUGGAGAAUUCUGCAUCAGACAUUUUUUUAUCAAACUUAUUUUUAUCGCAAAAGUAUGUGACAGAUGAUGUAAGGAGUUCUGAAAGCUGAUCAGGUCAUUUCACAGAUCAAACACAUUCCAUGCCUUUGUGUAAUUUUGCAAAUCCAGUAAGUGUCGGAAAGUUGAAGCAAGCGAGACUGAAUGUUUUUAACGGCCAGAAUGCUUCUGUCUCUUUUAAUUGUUAAUACUCAAGUUUCUUUCAUUUUAAUCUUUAAAGUAAUAUUAAUUUUUAAAAAAUAUAUUGACUAGAUUUAAUUUAAGUUUGACUUCUUCAAGUAUUAUUUAGUUGUAAAUGCACAGCUUGAAUAGUUCAGGAAUCUUUGACUUUGAAACAAAAAAAAACAAUUUCUUUUUUCUCCCCCAUUUUGUACGACUAGCUGAGUAAGAAAUGAGAUUAGUAGCCAGACAUGACGAAAGCAGAUAUCGUAGCCCAGGAAAGACUGCCAGACAUGACGAAAGCAGAUAUCGUAGCCCAGGAAAGACUGCUUCUAGAUUUAGUAUGUUUUGUUAGGCGCUUAAUUUCUUUCUUUUCUUUUUUUUAUUUUGAUCCUGUCAUGGACAGUGCGUGGCACAAACAGAAGUGUAUGGACACAUAUGAUAACAUAAGAAAAUGAGAAAUGUGAGAGAGAUUAUUAUGUUCUGGAUGAUCAUUGCAGAGUGCAUUUUUAAAAAAGGUAUGAACUUAUUUAUUUAAAACUCAUCAAUCAUUUCCCCGUAAAAAUUCUCAGUCACCUGGCUUUUAAAAAGUGCAGCGUUGACAUUUUUCCAUUUCAACAUUAUACAUGAUACAUACAGCAUGCUAUGAUUCAGAGAGCCGACAGACCGGGUGUGACUGCGCGAGAUAUCAACAUUUCAAAUUCGAUCUCCACUUGUUUGACUGGCGAUCUUGUGGAUGAAAUGAGAGGGGAGACUGAUGAAGGAAGGAUAUUUAUACGUUUGAAGCACGUCACAGUGCGUUCAGAUGACAUGGAGGGAAAAAAACAACCUUCCAUGAUGUUUUGUAUGAUCAAUAUUUAAUUGCUACUUGUAUUUUUGAAUGUGGCUCUGAAUGUACGAUCGAUAUAGUAUGUAAUUUUAGUCUUAUUUAUUGAAGAAAUUAAAUUAUUUUCAAUUUGACAGAA